AUGAGACGUUCCUUCUCUCUUCCCCAAACCUCACAAACUGAAUCAUCUUUAGGACCAAAGAAAAAGUCCUUGCGGUGGAAGAAUGAAGAGGAUUUAGUCAAUGAUGAACAUGAACAACAAAGACAGACUCAUCUUUUUGAACAUUUACAAGGUGGAUAUGAAAAUGAUAUUGAUAACAAAUCGGAUGUGAAUUUAUCAAGCGAAGCAGACACUAUCAGUAUUCGAACUGAGGAAUUAAUGGACAAAUGGGACACUGGAGAUGAUUCUAAACAUGUGGUGUCUCAUCAUGUUAUGGAUCACCAUGAAGCUGAUGAUCACCAUCAUGACGUUGAAGAUCGGUCACAUGGCUCCUUCUCAGCAAAUCGUCACGGAACCGAAUCCACCUUAAAUAUAUCUGCCAUCCAACCGAAAACCAGUAUUGAUCGAGAGUUGAUAUCUUUUUAUAAUAGACCGAGUAUGGUCAACGUCUUACAAGAUGAAAAAGCUAGUAGUACUCUCAAUGAUAUUCUUGCAACUUCGGCAGAAAGACCGUCCACUGACAUGUUAGCUGCAUCGGCAUCAUCGAGAAGGCCCUCAAUCAUGCUUGGAUUUGGUGAUUUCAAAAGUAAGGAAAAACAGACGCCACCACCCACGACGACACCUCCCAAAUCUACAACUGCAGAGGAAGGGCUCAAUAAGCAGAAACCGGAACAUCUUGAUGUUAUCACUGUGAAGCCAGUAUCUUCUCAUCCAAAAUUUGGAAUUGUAGAUGGUGUGUACAUUCCAUGUGUCUCUGCAGUGUUGGGAACUAUUUUAUUUCUCAAAGUGCCUUGGAUUUUAGGAAAUGCUGGUCUUGCAUAUUCUCUUCUCUAUGUUGUGAUUUCAGUAUUGUGCUCAGUAUUCACGUGGAACAGUUUGAGUGCAGUGGUCACUAAUGGUUUAAUUCGUAGUGGAGGCCCUAUUACAAUCAUGUCACGAGUGUUAGGUAAUCAAUUUUCUGGAAGUGUUGGAAUUAUAUACUUUAUUGGAUUCAUCUUUUUAUUAUCAUUGCACUCAUUUGGUGCUGCAACUCUAGUGCUAACAACAGUACAUGAUUUUUAUCCAGGUUUUGUUAUUGCAGAUAGAGAUGUAAACAAUUUGUACUGGGAUGUUAUAAUACUAGCUUUGGGAUUUCUAGUGCUUCUUUUUUUAUUUGUAUUGAUUGGAAUUCGAGUUGCUGUUAAGGUAGAGAGCAUUUUUAUCGUUGCUGUUGGAAUUACUAUUUUGUUGUUUGUUAUUGGCUGCUUUGUGACAGUGAAACCUCAAUACAAAAUUGGCACAGCAAGUUGGGCAACUUUUACUCAAAAUUUUCAUCCUGAGUUUGAUCAAAAUGUUGGAUUUUUCUCUGUCAUGGCCGUCAUUUUCCCGACCAUUGUUGGACUUUUAGCUGGUCUUAAUAGAAGCGGUAAUUUGAAAAAUCUUUCACGAAACAUUCCAGUCGGCACAAUGGCCGCUCUCAUCACUACUACCUUUGUUUACAUUGCAGUUUUUAUUUUGAUGAGCUUUGUAGGUGACAGAAAAAUGAUGAAAGAACACAGCUCUGAAUACUUUGCUCUUAUUGCUUUUCCUGAUUUUGGACUUUCCAUAGGAACGUACAUUGUCAAGGCUGGUAUGUUGAUAGCCAUCCUUGGAGAAGGUCUUCAGGCUCUUAUUGCAGCUCCACGUAUUUUGCAAGCUCUAGCGAACGAUAACGUUGUUCCAUUUGUUUCAUCCAGUUGGUUUUCAGGAAAUGAAUGUUCAGAGCCACGUAGAGCAAUAGUUCUCUCUUCUUUUCUUGCAAUUUUCCCACUAUUUCUUGGAAAUUUAGAGAGUAUUUCAACAUUUAUAGCCAUGCUGCUCUUGCUAUGUUUUGGAUUUUUAAAUUUAGCCACAAUUAUUGCAAGUAUUUCUCCUAAUUGGAGACCACGUUGGAAGCUAUUUCAUUGGUCUUUAGGAUUGAUUGGAUUGUUUGUCUGCGGAUUAUUUAUGUUUUUAAUUGGGUGGUACUGGGCUCUUCUUGCAUUUGCCAUUGGUUUAUUUUUUUAUGUGAUCAUUGAAGUGAAAAACGAGACUUCUUCUUAUGGAGAGGCAUUGAAUGGACUCAAAUUACAAAGUGCCCUUAAUGCUCUCUACUCAUGUGAAAGUUAUGACCUUUCAGUCAAACACAAAAAAAAACGGAUGAAAACCACAACCGAAAUGGAUGAAUUUGAGAGAGGUCAACUGAACAAAAAUUGGCGACCUCAAUUGCUGUGCCUGGUGAAAAUCAUGCCUGAUAACACCAUUGUUCACUCAGAUUUACUCAAUAUUGCAUUUCAACUCAAAAAGGGCAGAGGGUUAUGUAUUGUAGCGGCAGUAAUAGAAGGAGACGUCAAGAGGAGUACUUUCAAAUUAGCUCAAAAGGAAAAACAAGCUCUUACCAUGAAAAUGAAAGAAAAAGGCAUUGUUGGAUUUCCUCAAAUUUUGAUCUCCAGAACAUUUUCAGAUGGAGUGAAGCAUGUCAUACAAUCGUCUGGAUUAGGACCUCUCACUCCCAACACCAUUGUAUUUGGAUAUCCAGCUGUGAAAGAUCGCACCUCAGCUCGACACUUUGUGGAAAUUAUCAAAUACGCUGAAAUUUGUAAUAAGGCCGUCAUUAUAUCAAAAGGAGACUUUAAUGUCGAAGAAGAGAGUGGCUUCAUGGAUCUGUAUUGGAUUAUUUAUGAAGGAGGGCUUGAAUUACUCGUUUCAUUUCUUCUACAUCGACACAAAGCCUGGAGAAACACCUCCCUGAGAAUAUUCUCUGUUGUGGAUAAUCGCGACUCGGUCAACACAAUCAAAGACCAUGUCUCAGAAAUUUUAUAUUAUCUUCGAAUUGAGGCAGAAUGUCAUGUCUUGUAUUUGGAACCUCAAGAAAAUGCACUCUUUGCAUCAAGCACAACCACAGAGAGAUCCACCUCGACCACCACACCAGAGACCACCAGCACGGGACACGGAGUAAGCAAUUUGAAUGAAUGGACUAUCAGCAGCGCCAGUCAUCUGCCACACCAUUCGAAUGUACCACCUCCACCUUCAUUAACAAGUACUUUUAGUUCAUCCACCAUGAACAGUGUGAGUGAAAAUGUUGAAAUUAAUUUGUCGAGUAUCAAUGCUCAACCACAGCUCAACAGAAAACCAAAAUUGGACGAUUUCCUCCUGACCUCAUCUCGACUGAAUCAACUCAUUCGCGAGUAUUCUCUCACUUCACAACUAGUUCUCAUUAAUUUACCAUUUCCUUCUCCUCGUUUAUCUCACUUGCAAUAUGUAGAGUGUUUGAAUUGUCUCACAAGAGACAUUUCACGAGUGGUGUUUAUUAGAGGCUGUGGAAGAGAGGUCAUUACACAUUGGCUAUAA